AUGAACCAAGAGAAACUGCUGCUGUUUCAAUGUGCGCUCCUGUUGUGCCUGGGCAUCUGUCUAAGCCAAAGGGACUGUACAGGCGUGGAUUGUCCAGUGUUGGACAACUGUAUUGAGGAAGUUUUGGAGAAGGGCGCUUGCUGUGCCACCUGCGUUAAAAUAGGAUGCUCAUGUGAAGGUUACCAGUACUAUGACUGCAUCCAUGCAGGCUUCCGGAAUGGGAAAGUUCCAGAGGGAGAAUCUUACUUUGUGGAUUUCGGAAGCACAGAAUGUUCUUGUCCACAGGGAGGCGGGAGGAUCGGGUGCCAUUUCAUCCCGUGUUCCGAGAUCCCUCCCAACUGCAUCGCUGUCGUGGAACCCGCAGAUGGGUGUCCACAGUGUGAGAGCAUCGGUUGUGUCCAAGGCAACCAGAAGUAUGAAGCGGGCCACUCCUUCCAGGUGGACCUGUGUCAGGUGUGUCACUGUCCUAACAAUGGCGGGAGCCUGAUGUGUUCUCCUAUCCCUGACUGUGACCCUCGUAAUGUUAAGAAGCCGAUGUUAGCAAUGACCACACAGAACAACAACCCUCUGAGAGACCUCAAUAAACAGACAAGCCCACUAGACCCAUUCGCCCCCAGUAACACCAUACCUCUUUACAAAGAGGACCCACCUGUCCUGGAUGAAGAUGAAGAUUAUGACUACACACUGCCUGACCCCACAUCUACUACUCCACAAGACCCGGUCCAGCCAACAGAAUCUACCACGGUGUCACCAUCCUAUGCUGAGACAAGCUCUCCUACUUAUGAGAUCUUUAAUGACCUGAGGCAGGAGCUGAGAAAGAGACUAGGAACAUAUGAUCAGGAGAAAAGAGAGGAGGCGACCAUUACCGAGGAUCCACAUCUCAUGGACCAGACCACCUUAAAGGUCCAGGGGGAGACAACAACAUCAACAACAACAACUAAACAGGAAGUUACUUUAGAGAGCCACAGGCGUCAACAGGACGUUGUUGACCGGGACAGCAGGCAUCACAGAGACGGUGACAGAGUGAUGAAGAGUGACACUUCGAAGGACGUCACACAAACUGUCCGUAGUGACAAGGGAGUAAGACACACUGGCCGCCACGAACACAGAGACAGCCAAAGCAGUCACCACCAUGAUGGCAGUCGUCCAUCCCAAAGCAAUGGGCCGGCACCAUGAGAAGCACCUUGAGGAGCACCUUGAAGAGCAGCGUGAGGAGCCCAGAAAGCCCCAGAGUAAACUCGACCAGGAGUUCCCCGCAGUGAAGUUCAGCCCGACCAGCAGAGCUCCUGUCAUGAGGGAGGAAGGAGACCAGCCAGCCAGGAGACAGUCCCAGAUCCUCUUCAACUACCAGGGCCGGAACGAACAGUCUCGAAACACUGAGGGUAAGUCAGCAUUACAUGGCCACUCUACCAGUCCACAGUCUAAAAUAAUAGUGUGUUGCUGAUAUGUUUGUAUACAUUUUUUAAAAUAAUUACUGUACUUGUAUUUAAGGUGAGUAAAUCUCCUACAAUGUCCUUUGAGACCUAGUUAAAGGCACGAGGCCUAUACAUAAAAGCAGUUAUUUCAUAUGCAUUUUUGGUGUUAAUUAAAUGAUAGCAACCACAUUCAUCAAAUGUAAUGGUUUAUAAAUGUGUGCCUGUGACAACAGUAGCCCAGUGUUAGAACCUCAGAUGAUUUACUGUCCUCUUUCUCUUACAUCCUAUGUUAGGUCUAGGAAUUCUUAAUCAGUCUAUAGUAGCUGCUAGCUGACACUGGUCCAGGAAAAACUAGGAUUCAUGGAAAGCAUAUGGCCCCUAGACAGUGACAGUGUAGCUUCUGUAGCAGUGUCCCUCAUAUAGAAUCGUCAGUAGGUUCAGCGUUAGCAGCCUUUCCCCAAGGCAUAAAUACUGUACAUCUAGAGGAGCUUCUGAGAUGGAAAACAGAUGAUGAAGAGACUAGCUAAAUGUCUGGAGGAUGGGUUAAGAGAGUACAGUAUUCAUAGAGCAGGGAUCAUCAACAGGAGUGAGGCCGGUGGGCUGCCAUUUGGGGACCCCUAUUAUAGAGAAUACCUACUGUAUCUCUGCUUUGAGAUUGGGGUUGUCUGUGACACAUAUUCAUAGGUAAUACCUGUGAUUGUGUAUGACCUCCAAAUGACCACUUAUGGGGCCUCCAAUAUGUUGGAUAAUCUUUUCAUGAAAGCUAGGUUUCCCCCUGGGAGAAAAAAUCCUCAAUCAGAUCACGAGACUCGAAUAAGGUUUAUGGGUUUACCUUUCAUAAUAUCAGUACUACUAUGGAUUACACAUAAUAGGAUUUCAGUGUACUGCACUAAAACUGCACUAAAACUUCUCCUUUUGAUUUCAUCACUGCCACAGCUACUGAAUUACAGUACAAACUAGGUCAGAGCUAUGGGAAUUCAGACUCUUGCACUGUACUGUAAGUAGGUAUCGUGUGACAAACAGUCAACUGUGGAUUUUCCCAGCCUUGGCUAGCCACCCUUCUUUACUAUACUAUUACUGUUGAGACCUGUUGGGAUUUUUCUCUGCUUUCAGCACUUGGUCUCCAUAGGAAUGUAUAGUGUAUGUAUUAGCUGUAUGGGGUGUUUCUUUGGGAGUUAGCAUGAGAGGUACCUAUCAUGUACAUUCCAUGCAGCGAGGACUCACGAGAGCGAGAAGAAAGAAAUAUGCCAGGUCAUCAUUGCCGUUGGUGUUUACCAUUCACGCGAUUUGUUUAUAAAGGCAAGGCCAAGGUCAACUUCUCCAGUAUGCCUUGUGAGUGGCUCUGAGUUAAUAUCCCCCAGGCUGCCUUGGAUGCAGUGCAACACAAAGAUUUGUCUUGACAGAUGCCCUCAGCUGUUUUCCAAGCUGCAUAUCCGAAUAUUAGGGUAUCAUCCAAGAAUGAAAUGGUAGAUUACUGUUGCUUCACAGUAGGCUGACUGAGAGAGUCUAAGUUCAUUCACAUCCAUGUCUGUCCAGCAUACUCUGAGUAUCUCUGUUCCAUUUGGAGCAGCACAUUCCAGUGGCAGUGGAGACAGAGAUGACUGGCCUGGUUACUGUCCAGCCCCCUGGGUCAAACUGACAUUGUCAAGGGUCAGAAGUCAUGGUCACUGGGUGAAGGGAAAGAGGUUCCAGCAUGGUGACAUCCUUAAGGACAGGAAGAGACUCAGUCGAUAAGAUCCCUGAGUAAUGCCUGUUAUCAACCCCCAUUAGGGCAGCAUGCCAGAGUCGUUGGGAGAGGAAAGGAGAAAGCAUGCACUGCAAAAACAAACAAAUGUUCACUACACAUAAACGGGCCUGGUUUCUAUUGAAAAGCGGCCCAAGGUAAAUGUUUUUUCUUUCUGUUAGAGUCGAUAACUACCCUGCUCCGUCUAGAGUCUGGGCUACGUCCCUCCCUCUACCGACUACAUGGUAUUGGGGUUUCUAGGCACUCCGUGGUGGUCAUGGUCGUGGUGGCGUAG